GCUCCGCCCCGCGUCCGGCAGAAGCGCCUCCUCUCCCGCCGUGGCGAGAGGCAUCGACGUCGUCCGAGGAGCGAGUGAAAUAGUGCUGCGUCAUGCUGGGCGUCGCGGUGUUCCUGACGGCGAUCCUGGCGGUGGCCGGGGAAGACGUCGAUCCUACUGACGCUGUCGAUCCCGUCGACGCCUUGGAUCCUUCCAGCCUCGUCGGCCAGCUGAAUGUGUCCCUGUUUGAGAAGCUGAUGUUAAGGACUCUGCCUCAAGCAAUGAUCCCUCUGCACCACAACUGCACCGACUACAGCGAAACGGGCGACUGCGACCUGGUGGUGGAGAACAGAUUGUGCAGCACCAUGUUAUUCUACGCUCGCUACUGCUGCCGCUCCUGCACCUUGGCCAAGCAGAUCCUCACUUAUGGACCUCACCUCAGGUACACCAUGAAAAUUCCUGUAACUGCCAAGAUCAGCACCGACAAGAGGGAAUUACGUUACGGCGAGAACGUCACCGUCACCUGCGAGGUCUCUGGGUCUCCGGUGCCUGAAGUGCUGUGGUUUGUGGACGACAGGUACUUCGACGCCAGUGGACUGCCGAAUGCAACUGUUGAAGACCUGGGAGGAAUCCUGACGAAAACGAGACGAGAAACCAUCACACUUCCGACCACCAUGUUUAGUAAUGAUUUCCUCUGCGACUGUGUAGCCAUCAGCACUGAGGGGCGGGACGAGAGCCGCCUGACAAUUUUCAUCAGAAAGGAUAUAGGCCUAUCAUCUGAAAUUUUACCGGGAGAGAGAUUAUUCACUCUCACGGAUGAUAUAACUUUGGAGUGUACUGCUAAGGGAGUCAGCCUGAAGGAAAUCGGUUGGAAGUUGAAUGACGAGAUCCUCGAGAACUCCGACAGCUAUAACAUCACUGAGGAAAGGAUUGCGGAAGACGGAGAGAUGAGGAUUCACUCCAACAUCACUUUCCUGCGACCGGAAGUUAUGGACGACGAUGUACUGUGCUUCGCGACCACUCUCUCCGGGGAUAUCACAGAUACUGAAACACGCGUAAUAGUGAAGGAUAUGGACAUUCACCCUAGCUGCAAGGACAUCGCGGGCAGGCGGGAGUGCUUCUACGGCAGGUACACUUGCGACAGAGAUUACGUCAAAAGUUACUGUUGCAGAACUUGCACCCUGGUGGGCGUAGUGCCAGUUGGGCCGCAUUUUCCAAGCAACACCGAGGCAUCACUGGCAAGUUUACAUCCGGAUAUACUACUGGAGUGUUCAGUACGGAGGAGAGGCAAUGAUGACCUGUCAAACUACUGGUUAUCCCGGGAUACAGAGAGUCGUGUGGUAUAUAGGGAACACACCGAUUGAAAAGACUGACCACCGCCAUAUAGAAGAAAAGGUGAUGCAUUGCUCGAUUUCCUGUGACGUCAGAUCUACCCUCCGCAUCAUGGGACUGACAAAGCAAGACUUUGGCAAUUACACGUGCAAAGCGGUCAACGAUAUCACGGAGUCAGAAGCAAGGGUGAGGGUGCAGAUAACACGUGAGGGAAAGAUCAUCAUAUACUGACAUUCUGACUAAAAGGCGCAGCUAAAAGAAAGAGCACAGUACGUUUUACGUUGUUUAUUCUUGCGGUGAUGGACAUCAUUUCAGAAAUAAAUGGUCCAUGUUUUACUUUUCCACGCAUAUUAAACGUUAAGUUCGAUUUUUAUCCACAAUACUUAUACACGGGUGGAAAAUAUCAAAAGAAACACAUUAAAGUAUGGAUAUGA